CGUGUCCUCCCUAAUUUCAGAGAAUAUUUUCCCCUCCGCGCCUCCACCACCUCUCUCUCCCUCUCCCUCUCUAGACAUUUUCCUUCGAACCAAACAGCCCAAAUUUUUGCCGGAAAAUUCCAAAAAUGGACUCGACGCCAAUUAACUGGGAAGCCCUAGACGCUCUCAUCAUCGAUUUCGCCAAAUCGGAGAAGCUAGUCGAAGACUCCUCCUCCACUUUUACGACGUCGUCUUCCCCGCCCUCUUCCCCUUCGUCUUCCUCUUCCCCCUCCUCUAUCUCCUCCUCGUCGUACCACUCGAGAUUGAUCAUUCGUCAGAUCAGACGGUCUUUGGAGGCCGGUCACAUUGACGCCGCCAUCGGUCUCCUCCGCUCCCACGCCCCUUUCAUUCUCGACGAUCACAGGCUCCUCUUCCGCUUACAGAAACAGAGGUUUAUUGAGCUAUUGAGGAGAGGGACCGCAGAGGAUCGUGAUUCUGCAAUCAAUUGCUUGAGGAAUUCUCUUGCUCCGUGUGCCCUCGACGCUUAUCCGGAAGCUUAUGAGGAAUUCAAGCAUGUACUGCUUGCUUUUAUAUAUGACAAAGAAGACCAAUCUUCUCCGGUAGCAACUGAGUGGUCUGAAAAGAGGAGGUUUGACAUUGCCGGAUUAGUUUCCACUGUCUUGAGAGCUUAUUUACAUGCUUAUGAUCCAAUCUUCUCGAUGACCUUGAGAUAUUUGAUAAGCAUCCACAAGGGAUUUUGUUUUCGUCAAGGAAUUUCGUCGCCUAUUUCAGAUCUUACACAUAGAUUACUUCUUGAGGAGCGUGACCCCCCUGCAACACCUCAGGAGAGCUUGUUUGAAGCACCUCCAUUUGAUGAGGUUGAUAUACAAGCCCUUGCACAUGCUGUAGAGCUCACGAGACAGGGAGCUGUAGAUAGUUUGAGAUUUGCUAAGGGUGAUUUAUUUCAGGCGUUUCAGAAUGAAUUAUGCAGAAUGAGAUUUGAUGUUGCCAUGCUUGACGAGCUGGUGCAUGAGUAUUGUGUUUACAGGGGCAUUGUGGAUUCUGGUUUUGCAACUUCUUCUGUGUCUGGGGUGCAAAGCCUUUCCAAAUCUUUGAAAGUUGAUCAACCGGUGAUUGGGCAUUCUCCGUCAAGAGACUGUUCUCAUGAGGUCGAUUAUGGAGCCAGCAAACAUUCUGAUGGUGAGAUUUCCGUUAGUAAUGAUAAUCUAGGUGGUUCCCCCGGAAAGAAUUCUGAUGUGACGAGCAUGCAAGGAAUGGAUAUUGAAAUGCGUUACGUUUGUGAGCCAUCGAGCACUAAUGAAGAUUGUAGCACCAGUGGAUCACAUCAGCCUGAUAAACUCAGAGUUUUACAAAGAAGACCCAGCGCACCUGCAGAAAGAAGUAAACGCAAGCGAUGGAGGGGAAGACAAGAUGAUCUUGAUUUUACUCCUGGCAUUUCCUGUAAGGAGAUGAGUAAAGACUCUAAAGAGCUUAGCACAAUUGACCCGGUUUCUGAUACGUAUUCAUCAAGGGAACAGCAGGCUUCAGAAUGCUUAAGUUUAGGCCUUGACAACGUGGAGGACAAGUAUGAGAUUGUGAUUGGGAUGAAGGAACUAGCUAGCAAAGGAAUGGCUGCGGAGGUCGUGGAAGUAGUUAAUUCUAUGGACCCAAAUUUUUUUGUACAAAAUCCUGUUUUACUCUUCCAACUUAAGCAGGUUGAAUUCCUUAAGCUUGUCAGCUCAGGUGAUCAUUCUAGUGCUCUGAGGGUUGCAUGCUCUCAUUUAGGUCCUUUAGCUGCAAGUGAUCCAGUUUUACUGAAGCCCUUGAAGGAGACUCUGUUAGCACUGCUCCAACCUAAUGAAGAUGCACUUGGGAAAGGCUUGCCCUUACAUGCUCUUGCAACUUCACUCCAGGUUGCAAUUGGUAGGAGGCUUGGCAUUGACGAGCCCCAGCUUAUGAAAAUAAUGAGAGCAACCCUUCACACCCAUAAUGAGUGGUUUAAACUUCAAAUGUGUAAAGACCACUUCGAAAGCCUAUUAAAGAUUGAUUCCUUGAAAGAAGUUAAUACUCCUUCGCUUGCUGCUGCCGCUGCUUCUAAGUCAAAUGCAGAUAGUUGCUCUAAUGGGUCUUCCCAAGUAACAGUAUCUUCAAGCACGAGGAUGGUGGAAGAUGGUAGCAGCCUGACUCAAGUGUCGUCUAGAGAUGUUGUGUGUGAUGAAACUGCCAUACUAAAAGUAAUGGUGAGUUUUAUGAACUGAACUUGCAUAUCUAUAUCUUUCUAAAUUGUUCCAUGUGGAAGCAUAUUCAAUUAUUUGUAGUGAAUUUUCCCUUUCGACGAAUGCGACAGUUUCACUUGGCCUCGUCAAAAAUAAACAUGUGCACUUUAUGGUCAUUAGCAUGUUCAGUCAGCCGUACGGCAUAAGAUUUCUUUUAAUCCAAUUCGACUAUUUGCACUUGUAUAAAUAUAAUUUGACUGCAACUAGACAAUGAUAUUUGUCUGUUUUAAUAUAAACCACAUCUUCUAAGUUCAAACACUGGUUCGUUCACUUCAACUAAUCUCACUGUGUGGGUGGUUGCAGGAAUUCUAGCUUUGCCCAGGGCCGAUGCUAUCCAUCUUCUUGCACAAUACAACGGAAAUGCCGAGACCGUCAUUCAACAGAUAUUCGCGUAGUUUGUAUUGUAGCCGGUUUUGCAGCUACGUAUAAUUAAUUUUUGCUUAUUAUUUGAUUCAAUUUGUGCAUAGAGUUUCUAAUUUAGGUAGACACAUACGCGUAGUUGUUGAAACAGAGUAGCAUUUAUUGUUAACACUUACACAGGCUGUUCUUGUACAUUAUUAAAACACUUGGUUGAUCUAAAGAGGAAGAGGUGCUUGUUGGAUGGUUGGAUUGAUUUUAUUUCAUGGAGUUUUUUCUCUA